AUGCACGCACUGGGUAGCACGCCGCACACACGAGGCUAUUUAAGACCCAAGCCGGUCGCCGGUCCGAUUUCACUUGUCCUGCCACCUUUCCUCAUGCUACUCUUCGUGCCGUUUCUCCUCCUCCUCCUUCCAGUCUCCGUCGACGCCACCGUGACGGCGGACCGACACGACCUGUGGAACAGACAGCGUCUGCAUGGAAUCGGAAACGAGCUGCUGGAAAAGGGCAUGAUUGUGGCCAGCUACCUCGAUGGGAUGGAACUAAGUGUGAAGAUUAAUCGGGGCGCUAGUUGCAAAAAGCUGUUCUACCUCAUUGGCAAGAACCAGCAGUUCGGCUUUACAAUCACGCCGUGCACGGGUCCGUUGCACGCGAUCCACUUUCACUCGAUCAACACUGUUAAGGAUGAAUGGGUGAGGGAUGGGACGGUUUUCACCAAAUGGACUGCACGAACGCGGCGUUCGAGCGAAAUUGUUCCAGGUCUUGGCCGCAGAUCUUGGUACCGACCCCCGCUGCGAGUGGAGUUGCUAACACUGGACGGGAACCCCCAGCUUCAGGCCAUUUCGAAGGGCCCCAAUUGGCUGCGAGGCUCGGGCACAGCGCGGCUCCACUUCACCAGCUGGGGUGCCACUGGGGAUACCCUAGUGGUGACGGUGUACGGACAACCUGGAACCACCUUCAGGGUGCUGUGGAGCGCCAACAUUUCGCAACGCUACCAGCCUCAUCAGGGCUACCCCUGCCUACCACAGCCGUACAAGUCGUCUCAAAUUGACGUUUGUCAUUUGGGCGUGGAUAGCAACAAACUCAGAAUACGUUGGCCACCAGCGGUAAAUGAGGACUCUUCAACCAAGUACUGCGUGGCAGUCAACGAUCGAAUCAGCCUGAUACACCAAUGCUCAAUUGAUGCGAUUUUUAAUGAUGAACAGAUGCGACGCCAGUGCAACUUUGUCUACGAUUGUACCCAGGCGAAUCACAUUGUGCUAAGGUUACCCACACAACUUUCGCCCUACCUCCAAGAAGGGAAAUCGAAGGGGCUCUUCGUCAAUGUCUACACCGUGAACACCGCGACAAACCUCAGCACGGCGUUUCCGCCCUUGAUCCCAAGGGAGAUUCCUCGAUGUGUGGACCAGCGUUCGUUCACGAGGGUCUGGGUGAAGUUACGACCCGUGACGUACGUGCUUCAUUGGUUAAAAGACGUGGUAUUCGAUUGGCCCUCCAAGUACACCGAGGUGACAAUGUUUCUUCAACCUUGCCUUCGGCAGCACAAGCGAGCCCACUUGUUGUAUAACAUGGAAGUGUUUCAUCAAGAAGCACCGGGGCAAGAUCAAGACGACCGACCCGUUUUCACGACGCGCAUUCCUGACCGGCCGAUAGUGCACCUGCCCGAGUUGUCACAAACAUUCGACGCACUCGGUGGGACGUUCCGGCUGCGGCUGUCUCUGCUAAACAACUCCACCGGAAGGCACUUUGUCCAGGGCGAAAAGGUCGCCAGGCUGUUUUUCCUCAAUGCAACCGAGAGUGAUCCUCUUCCCCAGCGAGCGACGACCACUAAUAUGGGAGUGCAGGCAGACGACGGAAAAUUGCAAACCUGGGACCAUGACAAGUACCCGGUCCGUUUCGAUGCGCUCUGCGCGACCCACCAGGUCUCCAUGACACUGCCUAUCAGCCAAGUGCCUCAUUCCUAUUGGAUAAAAACGCUUUCCCUUCCGGAGGAGAAGAUGCUUCAACAGGAAAACCGUACAAUCGAAGGAAUUGAAGAAAGAAUAAACCACUGUGAGUACUCAACAAUAUCUCUGGCUAGCUUCCUGGGUCCAGAGACGAGAAUUCACACCCAAAGUCACACCUCGACUGCUGGUCAGUCGUCCCUUGAGGUCAAACUUCCACUUUACUACGAGACAGGUCACCCGCGGUUUCACCUGGUUCUCGUGUACGCGGCGCGUACCACAGACGUAACCGCCGCCUACCGAUCACUGCUGGUCCAUCGUGUCGUCGACGUUUGCAGGACUGUUGAACAGAUCUGUUACGCCAGCCAAUUCAACGGUGUUUGCUCGUGA